AUGACAGGCCUCCAUGGUCGGCCCGCCAGGGGACAGUCAGUCCGGAGGGUUCGCAUGCCAAAGCUGCCGGAUGCCGUCCCGAGAAUGUCCGCCUGGGAGGAGGCACGGACGGCCAGCAAAUGCAGCUCCAGGCGCAGCGGGCGGCUUGGCAGUCGACAAAACCCUGAGCUGGUCAAGAUGAGGACCAGUGCCAGUGAGGGCCACUUUCCCUCGCUUCCCAAGAUCUCGGCCACUGUUCGAGCGGCUUCCUUCGAAGAGAUCUUAGCGGAUGCGCAGCGCCGGGCGCAGCACCGCCGUGUGCAGGCACGGAAGAAGAGUGAGGAAGGAGGCGAGCUCCUCCCCUUCGUCAGCAGCACCAACAUCAACAAGAACACCAUCGCUGGGUACCAUGCUUUCUCCGCCUUGAUGAGGAACCUCAACCAGCGUUCGGCAGGCGACUUGGCAACCCUUGACCUCGAAGCCGAGCGCGCAGCGGAAGCUGAGGAGAAGCGCAAAGCUGAACAGAAGGAGGUUGAGCGCAUGACAAGGCUCACCAUGUUGGCGGCAAGCGCCCUGACCGAGCAAACCGAUCAGGACAGGACCGCACCUGCGCGAAGGACCUCCACCGUCGUCACGGAGGAGGAGAAGAGGCUCAGCGAGGCGCAGAAAAGGAAGCGCGAGGACGAAGCCAUCCAGCGAGCGCGGCUGGAGCGAGAAAAAGAUCCGGAAGAUGUGGCAGAGGUCCUCCGCCCCCCGGACUUUGCGCUGGUGAUCGAGCGCUUCAACUGGGAGGGUCCUGGACUCUCACAGAAAGAGCUUCGCAAAGCAGAGGAGCAGUUUCACAUCUACAAGACCGAGGGCCAAGGCGAUGUACAUUUGGAUCGCGUCAAGAACAACAUGGACAGCCGGCCAUGCAGACACUGCCGACCUAGUUUAAGAACCAGUCUCUACAGCCAUGGCAUCUUUCACAAAGCCCAUGUGCGGUGUCUUCCAGGCAUUUAUGAGCUUCUGACGUCCAUGUUCUACAUGACGAUCGACGAGGCCACGAUCAAGAAGCUUGUUGUCGAAAUCACGCCUUUCAGCGCCUUGGAGAAGCAGGAGCUUUUCGAGUUCCUCCGAAAGUAUACGCAGCAUGAAAGAGACUACAUCAGGAAGGUCUUCCACGAGUUUGACGAGGACGGCUCGGGCGAGUUAAACACCAACGAGGUCCAGGCGGUGCUGGAGGCCCUGGGAUGCUCGCCUUUCCGAGGCACGCUGCAGAGGCUCAUCGAUGCUGUGGAUGCGGACCACUCUCAAACGCUAGACUUCAACGAGUUCCUAUCUCUGCUACUGGUUUAUAGGCAGACCGAUGGCUUCAGCCACAAGGAGAUUCGUCAGCUGUAUCGAACAUUCUGCCGCUUUGCCGUGGAGGACCCACAUACCAAGGUGAAGAAGGUCCCAUCGCAUCGACUCACCGCGGCUCUGAUCUUCGAGUUCGGAGCCCAGGCGGCCGAUCUUGCCAGGAAGCUGGCGGCAUCGACCUCGAAGAUUAUGAAAGGGGGCCGCUCGCCUUGGAAGCUGGCUGCUGCCAACGUCCGGCCCUCGCUUGGCCAGGAGCAGGGUGCUGGCCUCACCUUCCGACAGUUUACCGCGUGGUCUCGAAGGAUGAAGGAGGCGGAGAUUGGAGAGUAUGUGCGCCAGUUCAAGAAAUUUGACCAGAGUGGCGAUGGCGUUCUGGAUCGCACGGAGGUGAAGACGUUGCUGGCAGAAAUGGGAUACACGCCGAUGCGGUCCAAUGUGGAUGAUCUCUUUGAGGCCGUUGACAUGGAUGGAGACAGCACCAUCAACUUGGAGGAGUACUUAGAUGUCAUGGACUACUUCAAGAAGUGGGAUGGAUUCACUGGUGCGCAAGCAGAAGAGCUGGAGAAUCUCUUCAACAGGCACAAAGACAGCAGCGGCGAAAUCUCUUCCAUGCAGAUGUUGGACAUCUUCAGAUCCCGAGGCGUCAAUCUCAGUUUGCGCAAGAUCCAGCAGCUUGUUGCCAAGGUGGAUGUCGAUGGAACGCAUUCCUUGGACUUCAAGGAGUUCUUGCGUUUGAUGCGGCUGCAGCGGGAAACGGAGCUCAUCGAGGCCAAGGAGGCGUUCUUCAUUACCCUGAAGGAGACGUUGCCACCGGAGGAGUUCAACAAGAUUGAAGACUCUGAGAGCCUCACAAUCCGUCCAGAAGAUCUGACGAUACCUGUGCAGAUCCUCAACCUGCAAACUGACGUGCGUGAGCUCAAGCGUGUCGUUCCCAAGUACACUGACAACGGCAGAAUUGACUUCGACAACCUUGUGGGCCUGACCGAUGAGCUUCGGCAUCUGCGACUGACGGAGCACCGGAAGCAGGCCAGCUACAGCCACGAGGAGAUAAAUGAGUUCCAAAGGGCCUUCGAGGAGUUCGAUGUCGAUAACAGUGGCGAGAUCGAUCGCGACGAGAUGAGUGCGCUUCUGAAACAUCUAAAUCUGGAGCUCAAGACCAAGGAUGACCAGAAGCGUCUCAUGAACCUGCUCAACGCUGCGCGCACCUCUGCAGCUGAGAGCGGCGUGGAUGCCAAACAGUGUGGCAAGAUGAACACUGCAGUUGUUGGCUUUCUGGUGUUCGUCCACAUGUGCCGGCUGCUCCAGCGCGAGAAAGAGGCCAAAGCUUUGGCGGAAGAGGAAGCCGAGGCUGCAAGAUUGGGCUUCACCGAGGCUCAAACCAAGAAGCUGCACUCAACGUUCUGCUUGUGGGCUGCGCAGGCAGAGGACGAGCCCUCUGACAAGAAAGCGAAGCCCAAGAAGGAGGAUUCCCAGUUCAACGAGCUGGCGACUCUCUCCGUAGACAGCUUCUGCGAGUUGCUCAAGAACAUGAACUCCAGGCUUUCUGACGAAGAUCUGGCGGAGCUCCGCAAGCUGCUGGCAGCGCUGCGGGGAGCAGAAGCAGGGAGUGAGGGCGGCCUGCUUUACGCAGUCACAUCACUGGAGAUGACGAAUGAUCCAGAGGCCGGGGUCAUCCACGGUGAUAUCUGUGAGGUGAGUUUUCCGCUCUUCGUGCGUUGCUUGCGGUGGAUGGUCGCCAACGACUUCUCCGACUCUGCGGAGGUCAUAAGGCUCUAG